AUGGGGCUUCUCGAAGAAGCGGAGGUGGACAUCGGGGCUUCUUCUCUUGAACCCUUUGGGUUUGGUGAUGACUUGGAGGAAGAGGGUGAUGAGGAGGAGGAAGGGGAAGAUGAGGAGGAGGUGACCGAGAUAGAGGAGGAGGCGUUCACCGCCGUUGCAAAACCCACCGUGCGCUCGACAAACUAUAGCGAGGACGAAGAUAUUCUCUUGGUUCGUGCUUGGGCACAUGUGGGUUUGGAUGCAAGCACCGGUACCGAUCAAACUGGUAAACGCUAUUGGCAACGCAUAGAGGACUUCUAUUGCAAGAUCAAGCCGAAGACCAGUGGGUACAUCCCUCGUAGUUACCGGUCGCUUCAAGGCCGGUGGGAGUUGAUGAAGCCCCAUUGUGCUCGCUGGAGUGCGGCGAUGGACCAAGUGAAGGAUGCACCGCCUAGUGGAACCGUGGAGAGUGACUAUGAGGCAAUUGCUGACUUGAGGUACAAGGAGAUGGCCGCUUCGAAGGGCAAAGCAUUCCCAUUUAAACAUGUAUGGAAAAUUCAUCAAACUUAUGACAAGUGGAAGUUGAGGGAUCAAGAGACCGCACCCAAGAAGUCAGCAAUUCUUAGGAUGGAUGAUAGUGAAGAGGAGGGAAGGAACGAGCACAAGCCCGCUGGAAACAAGAAGGAUAAGCUAAGGAAGAAGAUGGAAGGAGAGGCGUCAAGCAUAAGGGAGAAGAUAGAACAUGUGAUGAAGUCAAGGGAGGCAUUGACAACGAAGACAUUGGAGACAAAGCUUCUUAUCAACGAGAAGAAGAAAAAGGUGAAGCUUGCACAAGUUGAAGCAAGGCGUGAAGAUGCCAAGCGCAAGGCCGACUUGGAGGAGAGGAUGAUCAAGGUCAAAGAAGCAAAGGCAUGGAAAGAACUCAUGAUGGAAGAGAAGGAGCACAUGAUGAUGUCCAAGAAGGACAUGGAUGAAGACCAAUUGAUGUGGUGGAAGGAGUACAAGCAGGACAUCGCGGAGAGGAAGAGGAUAUUCCGUGGUGCAUCCUCUACUCUUCGAGGUGACACUCCGAUGAGUGGUGGUGGCGAUGGCGGUGGGGAGAACUCCACCACCGGCGACAAUGGAGGUGCUUGA